AGUCGGACAGCGGGAACAGACAAAAAUGGGGAAGAAACAAUCUGGCAAAGGCAAGAAGGUGGAAGAGGCAGAACCUGAAGAGUUUGUUGUAGAAAAAGUUCUAGACAGACGAGUGGCGAACGAAAAAGUUGAAUAUUACCUGAAGUGGAAAGGCUUCACAGAUGCAGACAACACGUGGGAACCAGAAGAAAACCUAGACUGCCCUGACCUAAUGGAGGCCUUUCUCAAUUCUCAAAAAGGCGGCAAAGAGGAAACAGACGGCAACAAAAGGAAAUCUGUGUCAAACUGUGAAUCUGAAGACAGCAGAUCAAAAAAGAAACGAGAAUCAGCUAAUAAACCCAAAGGAUUAGCCAGAGGCUUGGGUGCAGAGCGAAUAAUUGGAGCAACUGACCGCAGUGGUGAACUGAUGUUCCUUAUAUCAUGGAAUGACUCUGAUGAAGCAUACUUGGUACCUGCCAAAAAAGCAAAUAUGAAAUGUCCUCAGGUUGUAAAUGCAUUUUAUGAAUAG